AGCUUAUGGAAUGUGUGGAUAUUUAUUUUCAUAUGACAGGCAUUUUGAAAGGCGAAUAUCAGCUGUGUAUGGAUUGAAUUUUUUCUCUCGUCAUCACGGACGAAGUAUAUCAUGGGAUACUCAAAGCAAUGUGAUUGUGACAAGAGUGCGCUGUGCUAGCUCAGAUGUAGCCAUAAGAAAAGACUGUUUACAAACUGAUCCCAAACAUGUAGAUCAUAGUGUUAACAUGAAAACUGAAGUCCUAUUCAAAAGAUCUCACUCUGGUUCAGUGAUAUUGAAGGACAUCAACAGUGUUGCGCUUAGCCAUGCAGCUAGCAGGAGAUAUCUUGGUGAAGAAAGCACCGGAAAUGCUGAUCAAAAACCAUUGCUGCCCACCUUUACAAUACCAAGUCAUAUCCCACAAGCAGGGAAUGUCCACAGUCUAGAAAAUAAUGCCCUUCUGCUCUGGAGCAGAUAUUCUGGUCUGCGUCCACAUUUACCAGAAAUCAAAAGACGACUUCACACCUCAGGAGGAUGCGGGUACAGCGUGAGACAGGAUCACCAGGCAACAUUACAAGCCAUGGAACUGCUGGUGGAUUACACCAGACUCUCUCCACAGGAGAUUCUUAUACAUCAGCGUCAUAAACAAGCUGUGGAGAAUGGGAAGGAUUUCUACACUGACCCAGCUACAGGUUACCAGGUUAUAACCAGGCUGAGCCAUCUAAAGAGAGGAGAGUGUUGUGGUAAUGCUUGUAGACAUUGUCCAUACGGCCAUGUUAGUGUUCCAGACAAGAUUAAGAAGAAGAAAGUCUUUAACUCUGCAUUUUAUGUUUGACCUUAGUACAUGAAUAUAGUUUUAUUGUUAUUUACUUCAACUUUUUGGAAGUCAGCAAUUUAUUUAUUGUAUCUUGUAGUUUUAUUUAAAAUUCAGGAUUGGACAAUACUCUUGUUAGAUUUUCAAAUAUUUAAUCUUCGUUCACUUCACUUUAUUUUUUUUUUGAUCUAUACAUUAAUUUCUCCUCCUAAUAUUGAGACUGAAAUAUGGGAAACUUGGUGUAAUUAAAUGAUGUUUGUGUUAUGAGUAAUUUUUUUGGCAGCUACAUGUGCGGCAGAUUUGUCUCCCCUUGAAGGAAACACAUGACUUACACAAUUGGCACGUUGACUGUGAUUAAAAAUAACCUCCAUAUGACUAGUAAUCAUUAAGUCACAAUCUUUUUUUGAAACAGAUGUAUUCAGAUAUAUAUUGUACAGCUGUAUAAAUGGCCAUGGAUCAGUUGGUGUUUUAUUUGUGGCCAGUCCACAGGCUCUCGUACCAACCCGACGGGCCCAGUCAUACUACAAUAUGUGUGCUAUACAUAGAUGGUUUGCAGUAGCAGUCAUCUUUGAGGUAAGUUUGUGCAUAUUGCCCAGCCAAGGGCCUCUGCCCAGCUUAUGACACCUCUAAUAAUAGACACCCAGUGGGCAAUACUCAAUCUUACAUCAAAGAUGACUGUCACUG